GGAGGUAGUGAAUCAGUGAAUGAGGGGCAGCGUGUCCUGGUUUGACCUGAGCUGCUGAAUCAGCACAGUCUCGGCAGAGGAGCCUGUUUUAGCCGACCUUUAACCACACAGCACGGAUCGCUAUAACGAUAGUAACACGCGGUGAAGGGUGAUGUGCCAUCAGCCACUGGGGGGCAGCUGUCCUCUGUCGCCUGCUCGUCCUCUAAAGCUUAUGGGAUAGGAGCGCGUGCCCUUUCCAGAACCCCACUGCAACCCCCACUGGAGUCAUUUGUGCCAAAGCAGAAGCGGGUUGGAGGAGCGGAGAUGGGCAGCCCGGGCUGUGAGGUGGGUCCAGCCGGGCCAGUGGAGCCGGCCCUGGAGGCUCUGUGUCCCGAGUGUGGCCAGAUCCACCGCAACUGGGAGAAUCACCUUUACAACUACCGUCUGGAGGUGGACGAUGACCUGGUGUGCCACAUCUGCCUGCAGCCCCUGGUCCAGCCGCUGGACACGCCGUGUGGCCACACCUUCUGCGCCCGCUGCCUGCGUAGCUUCCUGCAGGAGAGGGACUUCUGCCCGCUGGACAGGACGCGGCUCCAACUGCAGGCCUGCCGCAGGUCCAGCAUCCUGGUGCACAAGCUGCUGGACAAGCUCUCUGUGUCCUGUCCUUUAACACCAAUCUGCUCCCUCAGCAUGCCCCGCUGUGACCUGGAGGCGCACCUCAAACACAGGUGUCCUGGGACGCGAUGUCAGCAGACAAGUGUGGACGGUCCCCGCAGCGAGAGUGGGGACGAGCGAGCUAUGGCAAACACCCCUCCCAGGUCACCCCGCUCACCACAAACAGACCUGAGGGAGAACAGCCCCUCACCCCCCUGCAGGGUCCCCACGGCCUGCAGCAGCACGCCCAUGUGGACGGAUGACCCUGGCCUCGACAACCCUGCCUUUGAGGAGAGCACCGAGGAAGACAGCGUGGUGGGGUUGGAGUGUGUUGUGCCCAGGGUGAAGCGGCCUCUCAGUAAUCCCUGCAUCCACCUCCUCCGCUCUGUGAGCUCCGCCUCCUCUGGCUGGGACUGCCCUGAAUCACCGCCUCUCUCCGCUGAAGAGGGCUGUGUGAAGUUGCCGUCUCUUCCUGAAGGAGAGAUAACCACCAUAGAAGUCCACCGUGCCAACCCUUAUGUUGAGCUGGGAAUCAGCAUCGUCGGGGGAAACGAGACGCCUCUCAUUAACAUCGUGAUUCAAGAAGUGUACCGUGACGGCGUCAUUGCACGAGACGGGAGGCUGCUGGCCGGGGAUCAGAUACUACAGGUGAACAAUGUGGACAUCAGUAAUGUGCCCCACAGUUUUGCCCGCUCUACACUGGCACGCCCCUGCACGACUCUGCAGCUGACUGUACUUAGGGAGCGCCGCUGUGCCUCCCGGGCACCUCCCUCCUCUUCCUCCUCCACCCCGGCCGUGCCCCAUGCCCCCUGCUCCACCCCUGAGGGCACCCCCUCCAGCCCUGCCAGUCUGAGAAUCACCCUGCAUAAGCGGGACUCAUCAGAACAGCUGGGCAUCAAGCUGGUAAGGCGGACUGACGAGGCGGGGGUGUUUGUGUUGGACCUGUUGGAGGGAGGCCUGGCAGCCAAGGACGGCAGGCUGUGCAGUAAUGACCGCGUGCUGGCCGUCAAUGACCAGGACCUUCGCCAUGGCACCCCGGAACAGGCCGCACAGAUCAUACAGGCCAGCGGUGAGAGAGUCCAUCUGCUAAUUGGCCGACCCAGCAAGCCGACCCCUCCCCCACCACCAAAGUCCAGCUCCACCAGAGACCUCUACUGCCUUGAUCACUUCCUGCCCAACCACAGCUCUUCCCCGAGCCCUGUGCCCAUGCACCUCUCCCGCACCAGCACCCACAGAGACCUGUCCCAGUGUGUUACUUGCAAGGAGAAACAUAUCACUGUGAAGAAGGAGCCCCAUGAGUCUCUGGGCAUGACUGUCGCAGGGGGGCGGGGCAGCAAGAGCGGCGAGCUGCCAAUCUUUGUGACGAGUGUCCAACCACACGGCUGCUUGUCGAGGGACGGACGAAUCAAACGAGGUGACGUCCUGCUUAGUAUCAAUGGGCAGGACUUGACCUACCUGAGCCACAGUGAGGCCGUGGGCACCUUGAAGGCCAGUGCUGCCUCGCCCUCAGUGCAGCUAAGGACCCUGGAGGUCAGCAUGGUGGAAGAGCACGGCCACGACCAGCUGCUGCCUCACGCUCACGACAGCGAGUACGACGCCAGCUGGUCCCCCUCGUGGGUCAUGUGGCUGGGCCUGCCCAGCUACCUCCACAGUAGUCAUGAGAUUGUACUGCGAAGAAGCCACCCUGGCAGCUGGGGCUUCAGCAUCGUCGGGGGAUACGAGGAAAACCAUAGCAACCAGGCAUUCUUUAUAAAGACCAUCGUCCUUGGAACACCUGCGUACUACGAUGGCCGCCUGAAGUGCGGUGACAUGAUCGUAGCGGUCAACGGGCUGUCAACAGCAGGAAUGAGCCACUCGGCACUGGUGCCCAUGCUUAAGGAGCAGCGCAGCCGGGUGGCGCUCACUGUGGUCUCCUGGCCCGGCAGCCUGGCAUAGCCGGGCCGGAUCACAGUCAGGCUGAGCAAAGCUGCGCCGCACCAGACUGAAUCCAACCAGAAUGUUCUAUAUUGGGAACAGCCUUGGCCAAAGUGAACUGCUAUAUGCUACAUCGCUCCAUACUGGGCUUAUCCAGGACCAAAAACCAUUCAGAGCUGUUGUAGACCCAGCAGGACCCAACUGGGCUAAGCCUGUCCUGAUCAGGUGGGGACUGAUACAGAUCGUGCCACGUCACUCGACAGACUGCACUCAUACACACACACUGCUGUGUACAUAUGGUCAUGUUGUCUUCACUCCCACAGGGAGAGCAGUACUACUGUAACUGUAGCAGACUAUCUGGGCUGUAUUCACCUCACCGGGCUGUAGUAGAAUCCAGGGCUGCAAUCAGGUGGAUGCAACGUUAUAGGUUUAGAUAGAAUUACAUCGUAUUAAGACAGUCUGUGGUCCUCUGUCAUUUAGGAUAAUGAUUCUAAUCACUAAUCAUAAUUUUGUCUUCAGCGCCAAUGUUGCAUCCACCUGAACGAGCCCCAGGCCUUGUUAGAAACCUGCCGCACCCUGGGGGCUCUGCUGCCCUUAGGCUUCAUCACCAUGACAACCAGCUGUCCAAUCAGCUGGAGUUUUAUACAUGUGUGUGAAUGUGU